AUGAAGCACUACAUUCAGUUCGACCUAGAUCAUAUCCACUUACUGUCAGGGAUUGCUACUCAAGGCUCACCCCAUUCCCCCAGAUGGGUGAAACAGUAUUAUUUGACCUAUAGCUUUGAUGGCAAGGACUGGACGCGACACAAGUCAUUUGAUGGCAACAGAGAUCAAGACUCGAUCGUUCGUCAUUGGUUCAAGCCUCGAUUUCAUGCUCGUUUAGUCAGGAUUUACCCAGAGACGUGGAAUGGAGCGAUAUGCUUACGUGCUGAGAUCUACGGUUGUCGAGUAGAAGGGCUGACAUCAUCUGCACUUCAAGAAACAUCGUUAUUUGUUCCUCAAGGACACUUUAAAUCCAAAGACGAGCAUCGUGUACUGUGUGGCUCACACAAGUGCCAUCCUUACGCUACUUGUAAAGUGAAAAGCGGUAAACCUUACUGCACAUGCGCACUGGAAUGUAAAAAUGGCAACAAAGCGUGUGGAAGUGAUGGACACGUGUACAAAAGUGUCUGCGAGUUGAAGAAAAAAGCCUGCGAGAAAAACAAGUUAAUAAAAGUAGCCAAGCCAACCAAAUGUGUGUUGAAAGAAUCCGCUCUCCAAAUGUCCGAUCCAGAUACCGAAGAAGACGACAAACUGGAUUACUCCAUAAAAGUGAUUUUCAUUACUUUGAUUCUGCUUAGCGUGAUUGGUCUGAUCAUGUUCGCUGUCAUAGUAACCCGAUGGAUUCAAAGCCGGAAAUAAAGAUUUCCACAAGUCAAGCGAAAACAGGCCAAAAAAUUCUAGGACUCCAGAAGCAGUUUAUUCAGUAAUGCAUCCAUUUAUUUCUUCUCGAGAAGAAAUCCUUCCUACAUCGAUCACUUCAUAAAUAAAGAUAACGCCUUUUUUACAACUA